AUGGCCGUCGCCGCCGACUCCGCCGAUCCCGCCGUCGCCACCUCCACCUGCGCGCACUGUAACCGAGAGAUUCCGUCUCCGAACAUCACGCUGCAUUCUGCACACUGUGCUCGCAACCUUCAUGUGAAAUGUGAGCAUUGUGGAGAUAUGGUCCCAAGGAAGCACAUGGAUAGGCACUACGACGAUAACCAUGCUCCGGUGAAUUGCCCACGCUGCGAACAAACUGUGGAGCAUGAGCUGUGGGAUCUUCAUAAACGCUUACAGUGCCCACAAAGGAUGCUUGCGUGCCAAUAUUGCAAGUUUGAACUACCCGCGGAUGACAUUUUUGAGCAUCAGGAUGUAUGUGGAAAUCGAACAAAAUAUUGUCAACCUUGCAACAAGGACAUCAGACUUCGCGAAUGGAUUGGACACGAGCUCCUACUCCAUUCAAAAACAAAUGCUGCUGCAGAAUCCUCAAGUGACAGAUCCAUGCUGGAAAAAGAAGAGGGUGGUCGUCACAAGCAAGUACGCCCGGCUUUUGGUUUGAAACACAAGCAACUGCUCCUCACAAUUGCAAUAACCGGACUUGCUGUACUGAUUGGAUCCAUUCUGUUCCAAAGAAGGAUUGGAAGUUCCGAAGCCCAGUGA